AAUGUGGUGGCAUCUCUAUUUCGAAGUAGUUGAUUGGUUGAAAAGCAAAGCCUUCUUUUUCUUUCCCGUUCAAAUUCCUGCGAAGUUUUGCCUGCGAAAUUUGAAGAUCCGACUUAUCACCCGCGUACAGGUUACGCGCAUAUACUAUAUCCUUUCCUGAGAAAACAAUAUUAAUGAAAUGGAAAGAACACCGGUAAAAAAUGAGUUUGCUCACAAGAGUAUCUAUCUAUCGACUACCGAUAGUGGAUUUUGCGGAAGUCCAUUAGAUUUUAAAGAUGAAACACCUUUUUCUCGUCAUAGUUUUCUAAAGUUUACUCCAGUGAAAAUUACUUACAAUCCAACUUAUGAUUCAAAUCAGAAUCUUAUCCAGAUAGGGAAAUCAGAUAUCAUUAAACAAUUGAGCUUUGAAGAUGCUGACAUUAGUAAUGAUUUAUACAAGCAACAGGUACAACAGACUAGAUUUUGUGGAAGGAAAAAUUCUGAAAGAGAAGAAAGUGAUACUUCUAAGCUUUCACGAAGUCCCAGCUAUUCUUUCAGAGUGAACUUUUUAGCUCGAUUGAAGAAAAUAAACUGUGAAAAAAUUAUAUCAGAUUUGCUGUCUUACUUACCGGCUGAAGAUCUUUGUAGAGUGAGCUGUGUAAAUAAAAUGUGGAGGGAACUGGUGCUGGAAGAUGUGAAAGCUAAUGGACGGAGAAGAGAAUACUUAAAAUCUAUAAAAUCACACAGGGAAAACAGAUCAAGAUCAGGAAUAUCGCCAUUUGAUAUUAAGAAAAGGUAUGAACGUCUUUCAUAUUUACCAAGAUUAGUCCUUGAUGAUAUUAGCAAUUGUAAUCUAGUGCCUAAAGUUUCUACGAAAUGCUGCAAUUCGAAAUUUGAUUCAUUUAUUAGGGAAGGGAAAGUAGGUGGAUCAUUGAUGAAAUGUCCAAGUUGUAAAUAUCCUGCCAGAAGAAAAGAUUUAGAAGAAUACAUUUGUACUACUUGCAAUUAUACUUUUUGUGGAAAGUGUUUGUCUCCUUGCUCAAAAUAUCACAAGUGCCCAAAGCUCGAAGUACCAACAUUAGUCAUUGGUAGCAAACAAUGUAAAAGAAAUUUAAAAAGACUAUAACUCUUUUAUCAUGUUUUUAAAUGAUAAGAUUUUUAAAGGAUUUUAUGUGAUAGUAACUGUGUCAAUAAAGCUGAUGUGAUACUGUUUUUAAAAAUGGUUUCUGUUCCACAACUUCAAUAUGAAGUUAUUUUUAAAGAAACAAAAUCUAGCUAUUGUAGUUUUCAGGUUUUUGCAAUAAUUUUUAAUUCUAGUCGAGAUAUUCUUAAAGAAAUAUGAUGGGUAAAAGGCAAUACAAGUGAUUGUUUUUGACUUUCUUAACUUUUUUUAAAAUAUGCUUUUAACAUUAAAUUUGACGGAAUUUUUAAAGUAAGAUCUAAACCAUGUUCUUAAACACUUAAUUUAUUUUUAAUGUGAAUGUAUUUAUUAUUUAGAUGUUGUUAUUGUUAAUACAGG